GUAUGGCACUCUGUGGUAAAUCUGUAUGGAGUAAACAGUUCUCAAAAACUGAGUCACUGUGCAAGAAGGAACAAAUAGUGCGGAAAGACAACCGAGAAGAUGUUCUAGGCUUCUUUAGCUGUGACUGGAGAAAUUCUGUGCUCACACACGCACACACUCGUACACCUUACUUUAUUUAGGAGGAAGUCACGUGUCUGUGUUUGAGCCAAUCACAAUGAUUUGCCUUUUAAGUCUACAAAUGUUUGUGUAUCUGUCAGCCUGAGACCAAAUUUUCCAUUUGGUGUGAAGACAUCAGCCGUGAAACACGACACUGUUCUACCACAAUGAUCAGGAGACUGUUCGCUUUGUGUCUUCUUCGUGCAGUAUCUCUGAUUCAAACUUCAGAGAGUCCUCAACAGAUCUCCUGGACUGUGGCUGAAGUUGGUGGUUCUGUCAGUUUGUCAUGUCCACUCCCCAAAGACACAAUUUUAUUUUUGUGGUAUAAACAGACUCCUGGAUUUAUAACUGAAACAGUUGUUGAAGGAACGUACGGCAAAAUAACACUGAGGGCACAAUUUAAUAAUUCACAGUUCAGACUGACUGAAGGAGUUGGCAACUAUUUUCUAACCAUCAACAAUGUCAGCAAAGAGGAUGCAGCGUCUUAUUUAUGUAUAAGUGUGACAUAUGGAGACAUGAAGAUUAGCAGCACAUUUUUGGCUGUGAAUGAUUACAGGAUGAAAUCUUUCUCUGUAAAACAAAACCCAGAGACUGAGUCGGUCCAUCUGGGUUCCUCAGUAAACCUCCAGUGUUCACUUCUCUCCAAGAACAAAGGAAAAAGAAUUCAGUGUCCAGGUGAACGGACUGUGCACUGGUUCAGAGCUGCAUCAGGAGAACCUCAUCCAGGCUACAUUUACUCAGACGGACACACGAGUGCUGAGUGUGAAGAAAGGAGCUGCGUCUACAGUCUGUCCAAAACGAUACAGAACCCCUCUGAUUCUGGGACGUACUACUGUGCUGUGGUCACAUGUGGGAAGAUCCUGUUUGGACAAGGAACUACAAUACAGAUAAGACCAGAACUGGACCUAGUUGCUCUUGUACUUGGAGUGCUGUUGGCCUGCAGUGUGAUUGUGAAUGCUGUUCUUAUUUUCUACAUCAAUCAAGGAAAAUUCUGCCCACGUAAAGGUCAGUUCAUCAAAUAGGCUUGAUGUAUUUUAUUUUCUUCUUUUUACAGCUACAAUCGUUGGUUGUACAUUUCAUUACAUAGAGUUUCAGAAAUUAUUCUAUUAUUGCUGUAUCUUCUUCCAGAUCAACGUUCAUUGUUGUUUCCCAAUUCUGUUUUCAUACCACUGUGAUCCUGUUUUAUUUAGCAGU